ACUUGUACUUCAGAUUUCUAUUCUCAUGACUUUUUAUGUUGAUGAUUGGUGUACUUAGGAAACUCAUGCUUCUCCCUUGGCUGGUGGAGAGAAUAGUGCUUCUUGCGUGCCUAGUCAAACUCCCCUUGCGUCCCAGCGAGGCGCAAAUUCCAAGCUUAGUGAGCAAGGAAGAAGCGCCACCACCCACGAGCAAGAGAUUCCAUCGCGUCUGGAUACUGGCCCUAAACAAAAUAUUACCGAACGGAAUGUGCAACCUGCUCCAAAUGUCGAUGAAAUGGGAAAAUCGCCUUCUCGGCCAGCUUUAUCGUCCAGAGGAUAUACUAUUCGUGCAGUGCAGCCAGAGCCAGUUUACGCUCCCAACUCACCUGAGAAAGACCCUAACAGGUUCAGUCUUGGCCAAUCUCUCGGCGUUGUCAACCCUGACAAUAAUGAGAACGAUGUAAGAGAGGCGGAUGAUGUUGACUUUGAAGAACGAAAUAAUACCCAGGAUGGUAGCGUGCAGCACGAAGCUAAUACUGGAGCCAAUCACGCGGAGACUUCUCAUGAAGCUCAUAUCUCCCAACAAUCUCCAGUGUCAGCUUUGCCAAUAGUUUCAGAUCCCAAUGUCGCUAUGAGCCUUCAAACUCUGACAGGUACAACAACACAAGGUGCAUACGCAGUGGCAGAGCGUACGGCUGCUAGAUCACCACACAAAAAUUCCCAGAUCCCUUUUCGACCUUACCAGGUUGAAGUGCUUAACCACGGCCAAGAAGUGCGACCAGCCACGCAUAGGAGAUCUUCAACUAAAGAUUCAUAUGAAAGUUCAGGCUAUGCCCGGAGAUCUUCUCAAGGGCUCUUGAACACAGAUCAAAAUGGCCCUGGAAUCGGUUCAGAUAGUUCCCAAUUACCAUCUCUCGCUGCCGAUGUCCAGGCUCAACAGAAUGAUGACCACGGCAGGCCUAGGCGCUCACUACAUCCGCGUCAGCACAGCACUGAAUCUUAUAUGCAGGGGCCGGUUCUUAAUCAUGAGGAGAUGCUGCGUGCAGAGUCUCGUCGACGGUCGAUGGACCUUCUGAGGCAGUUUGGCGGCGGGUCUCCUGUUUAUCUAGAAAGACGGGAUUCGUCAGGAUCGACCUGGUCAAGCUCGAGCAAGGUUGGCGCUCAUAAAAAGCGUCGAUCUAGUCUCUUUGGCUUGCUCAGCAAACCUCCUACUCCAGAGGUACCCCAUGGAAGCCGCGAGAGUGCAAUCACACAUCUCGCAAACUCAAAAGCUGAACCUGAUCCUGCAAAUCCGCCGUUGAAAACACAGGAAGGCAGUGGUAACAGUGCUCGGCCAAAAGAUAUAGCUGAGAAGCGGGGAAGAAAUAAGUUACAGAGAUCUUCGACCAGCCAGUUCGUUCAAGCAUUGGACGAGAAGAAAAAGAAACGUUUCUCCGGUCUUGGCGUAAGUCUUCUCUAAACAAUGCGGGACGCACUCAGUAGUAAAGUUUACUAAAAAAUCGUCAAGGGAAUUUUUGGUAGGUCAGACAAUAAUCCCAAGCAAGGGCACCAACCAUUUCCUGCUGGCCCAAAUGUACUUGUCAAGCAUAGCCACACUCGUCGAAACCGCGAAAGUCAGGCCCUCACGCAGCAGCAAGCAAAGCAAGUGGCGCCAGUCUCCCCCAAUGACGCUGUUCCGCA